UCGAGCAGAGCGAGCACGCCUUAUUUUAGGCAAAGAUACAAUGUUACUUUUAAAUCAAGCCAUACUUCCUAAUCGAAUUAGAUGUAGCUAUGCAAUCGGAUGGGAGUGUUGGCAUUAAACAUCGGGGGCUGUAAGUGUGAAAUAUAUUAUUUAUAUUAACAACGAGUAUAAUUCGCAAGGACGUCAGGAAUGUUUCUUCCGGUUGCCAAGAAUACGAAUACAAAACGGAAGCUAAUUUGUACCUGACGGAAUUGCUGUGACGCUGUACCCGUGAGCCUAAUUCACCAGCGUGGCUGAGCUGGGCGCUGCAUGGCCCUACCCCAGACCCAGCUGUUGGUUCUGUCCUCCCCCCGUGGUCCAACCCCAGCCCCCCGAGCGGUGACCAGGCCUUGGACCAACGCUGCACCAAAACCACCAUCAUUCUCCAGAAAGGGAGAAAAUCCACUGGCUUUUUUGAAAGACCUCAUCUGACUCAGAGAGAACUCUGCGUUUCUCCCUCAGUUUGAGGUAACUGCAAAAGCGACUGUGACCACUGUGUGUUGUCCCAAAGGAAGUCCUGUCCUGGCGUGCUGAGGGACGUCCUUGCUGACUGCAGUUUGGGCUGUGGAAAGGGGCAGAGGAAGUUUCCGGAAGAGAGAGGUGUGGAGAUGAAGCUGCAGGCCGUCAUGGAAAACCUGCACAGGCAGCAGAGAGCCAAACUGCAAAUGGAGCUGGAACAGCAGCAGCAGCUGCAGCAGUCUGGCCAAUCACUGGCUCAGGACUCUCCCCACGCCAAUGCUGGGACUGUGGGGGAGGGGCUAAACUCUAGCCCUGCCCCUGAGUCAGAGCGUGCUCAGAUGGCGGCCCUGGCGGCGAUGAGGGCAGUGGCGGCCGGGCUGCAGAGAGGCCGCGACAGCCCAACGUCCAAUCACAGCAGCCAGGAUGGGGAAGAGGAGGAGGAGGAGGAGGAGGAAGAGGCAGGGGAGGGGGAGGAGGAAGAGCAGGGCUCCGAGGGAGAGGAGCGCAUGGACCAGAAGUGGGAGGAGGGGGAGCUGGAGGGCGGGGGGGAGGAGGACUACGAGGAAGAGCUGGAUGAGCGGGACGUGCCCACGGGGAGGGACGCGGUCACCCCCGGGAGGGGCAUCCUGCUGCUCCCCCACCGCCAGCUGCAUCCCCACCCGCAGGUUCUGAAGGCCCGGCCUGGGACAGACCAGGAGCUGCGGGGGUCCGCUCUGCCCCCGCACGGCUCCCACAGCCAGCUGGGUGGGCAGGACCACGGGGACUGGACGUACGAGGAGCAGUUCAGACAGCUGUAUGAACUGGAUGCAGACCCACAGCGGAAGGAGUUUCUGGAUGACCUGUUUAACUUCAUGCAGAGGAGAGGGACUCCAGUGAACAGGAUCCCCAUCAUGGCCAAGCAGGUCCUGGAUCUGUACAUGCUGUACCAGCUGGUGACGGAGAAGGGCGGCCUGGUGGAGGUCAUCAACAAGAAGCUGUGGAGAGAGAUCACCAAAGGACUGAACCUGCCCACCUCCAUCACCAGCGCGGCCUUCACCCUCAGGACACAAUACAUGAAGUACCUAUACCCUUACGAAUGUGAUAAAAGAGGGCUCAGCAACCCCGACGAGCUGCAGGCCGCCAUCGACAGCAACCGCAGGGAGGGGCGUCGGCAGGGCUUUGGCAGCAGCCUGUUCACCUACUCGCCCAAUGGCACGCCCACCAUGCUGUCUUCCCCGAAACUCUCCACACCCAGCCUGGGCAUGGCCAUGGGGACCAACGGAUCCCCCAUCGCCCCCAUCCAGAGGAUGAAGAAAGAGGACGGCGGGGGCGUGCCGCUGCCCGGGGCGAGCCGCAUGCCGGCGGCGUUGGCGGGGCACUCGGUGGCGGUGGCGCAGGCUGCAGCGAUGCAGGCCGCCAUGGUGGCGCAGGUGGCUGCGCUGGAGCAGCUGCGGGACAAGCUGGAGUCCGGAGAGCCGCCGGAGAAGAAGAUGGCCCUGCAGGCCGAGGACCCGCAGCGCCUCCUGCAGAGGGCGCUGCAGCACAACCUGCUCGCCAUGACCGCGCACAUGCCCAUGAGCGUCCGCAUCAGCAGCCAGGACGGCAGGCAGGACUCCGCCCUCAACCUCACCACCAACGGCACCAGCAGCAUCAGCAUGUCGGUGGAGCUCAACGGAGUGGUCUACACCGGUGUGCUGUUUGCCCAGGCCCCCCCGCCCUGCCCCCCUGGCAGCAGCAAGUCUCAGCCCACCCCCCUCACACCUACCUCGUCCUGCUCCAACAACACGUCGUCAUAGCAAUCACAUACCUCCACCUCCACAAGACAACUACAGCCAAAAAGCAACCUCAUUUUCCGUACAGCACAGGCCAAAAGAUAACAGGAAGCAGUUCUGAAGACAAGCGAGCCGUCUGGAGUACAUUACCUCAGGACCUCACUCCUUCCACUGGUUUUUUAUCUGUUUGUUUUCUUCCUUAUUUAGUAGCCAAAUAGAUUUUAAAAGCUAUUGGAGCCAGUAUAAUAUAUGCAUAUCCUAUAAAUAAUUUAUUUCCUCCAGGACAGAUUACCUGAGAACAGAAGAAAAAGUAUGAAUAG